CAGGCUUCGGAUUUCUUUGUUUUCUUCAAUACAGUUUUUGCUGUAGUCUGUUUCAGAGUCAUUGAUUUGAUACAAUGGGAUCAAGGUCCCGAUCUCGUAGUAAUAGUCCAGCCCAGGUGGACCAAUUUGGACGAGUUAUACCUAAAAAGCGUAGUCGAAGCCGUGAUGGAGACAGAUCCCGGAGCUCAAGAAGUAGAAGCUCACGUAGGAGUCGAAGUCGAAGUCCGUACAGAAGUCACAGGCAUUCAAGAGGUCAACGCAGUAGGAGUCCAAAACCAGUGCUAAUGAGAAACAUUCCGAAAAGCAAACGACGUGUCUUCAAAAGAGACAGUCAUGACCGAUUGGUGUCUGUAUCACCUUCUUCAUCUUCAUCUAGAUCACCUACACCCCCUCGAUUUCCGCGAUAUCUUCCUUCAAGAAGUCCAACAAAUGAAACCAACGUGAAUGACCCAGACCUGAUGAAAUCACGAGUAUUUAUCGGAAAUUUGCCUUAUGACAAAAUAACAAAGGCAGAAAUGGAAGAAAUCUUUUCCAAAUAUGGAAAGAUUCUAGGUAUAUCAAUCCACGAGCGAGGGUUUGGGUUUGUGCAAUUUGAGAAGGAGGAGGACGGACUGCGGGCAGUAGAAGUUGAGAACGGAGGACUGCUGAAGGGGAAAAGAAUCGACGUCAAGAUGGCAAUGACUGGAAGGAGAUCAGGCCCACCCAAACCUCCAGGAGCACCUGGUGGAAGAUCUCCACCCCCUUCAGGCUAUGACCGUGAGCGUGACAGAGGAGUACCACCUCCUUUACUUGGGAGAGAUGGGCGGAUGGAUCCGCUCAGACAUGGUGCAGUGGAUCCAUCUGAUAAGGAAAGCUAUCCCCCUGGUAGAGCACUACCUCCAGAACGUGAAAGAUCGCCAUUGAGAGGUGACCCCUAUGAUGACCGAUACAGAGACCCCUACAGAGAUCCUGCUUUACCUCUACCCCCUGUCAGGAGAGAUGACCCUUACUAUGACCGUGACCCCUACAGACGUCCACCACCUCCUGAUGACCCCUAUUUUGACAGAUACAGAGAUGAUCCCUACAGGCUGCCAAGACGUGAUCCUUAUGCUGAUCCCUAUAGAGAUCCCUAUUACCGAGACCCUUACCCUCCAUCAGCAUAUGACCCACCGCCAAAACGACCACUUCCCAUUGACUGUGAAGUCAUCAUCCUCAAUGCACAGCUCAAGAAUUAUGCAGAAUUCUUGGAGCGAAAGUUAAAAGGAAUUUCGUUGUUUUCCAAAACUGUUGUGAUUGCUGAAGACCGGACUAUCCCACAAAUGAUUGAGGAUGCCACGAAGCGAAAUGUCUUAUUUGCAAUUGUUGUAAACAGCCAAAAUGAGGUGCAUCAGUCAUUGACUCUAAAUAUUCUCCAUGGCACGCCCCAAGAACACAGAAAUAUGCCAGUAGAUGACGCCAUAACAUUGAUCAAUCGGAGUUUUGAUCAGUACACCAAAGCAACCCGAGAGAAGGCUGCCGCGGCCAUUCCUGCUGCUCCUGCGGCACCCUCAGCUGCUGCCCCAGCCCCUGCUGUCCCCUCGGCAAGAAGCUCUGCCCCCUUUGUACCCCCUAGCUCAGAUUUAUUGUAUCUGUUGAAUCUCUUGGCUGACAGUAGGCAGUUGACUGUGGAAGAGCUAGAUAAAGUUAUCUCGUAUCUGAAGGAAAGACGAGAGAAGCAAAUGGCAGCAGAAGGCCGUCAUUUGCCUAGUAUGGAUGAUGGGAGGGGAAGCUUUGGAGGUGCUGGAGAACAACGGAAGGAAGAAUCUGCUUCAUUACAGAGAGAGCAACAAGAGCUUCAGGCCAAAAUUCUCAGUAUUCUUAAUGGCCCAGGAGAUCCUAGUCAAGCAGCAGCGCUUCAGAAGGCUAAUGCACAACGUCCUGGCCAUCCAGGACAGCAGCAUAUGGGCAAUGGUGCACCUCCGCAAGGUGGCCAGACUGGUAUGUCAUCCCUGAUCAACUUUGAUAGUCCCAGUGUUCAGAAAGCACUCGACAAUCUCAUUCAGAGCGGGCCAAACUUACUUAAGACAAUCUCGACUCCCCAAGGGCCAACAAUGGCCCAAAGAGCCCCAUUGAUGUCCCGUCCCGAACACACUCAGCAGCCAGGGUUAUUGUCACGCGAGCCAUAUGGAGGUAUGGCUGGAGGAAUGAACAGUGGCCACACUCCAGGAGUACCAUCCCAGCACCCACCCCAACAGAGACCUCAGUUUAACCAGCAGAUGGGUAUGCCAGUAGCAGCACCAAGACAGGCCCCUCCUCCACCUGGUCGAAGGCCAUUUUGAAAUGUUAAGAAUCACUCUCUAGUCAUUGGCUUUCAUCGUUCACAUUCAGACUUGGAUAUAUGUGUCAUUGCUUUACAUAACUCAAUAUUUCACGAGUGUAUGUUUUAAUGGCCUAGCUGUCAUGAUUUUGUACAGGUAACUUCAGUGAUUAUGUAAAUUAAUGCAGGUAUUUUACAUUUACAAUAAUCAUGGCUUUCUGUUGAAUUUUAUUGUGUACAUUAUGUGACAGUAUUUUAUAUGCAUAAUGUAAAACUGUUUUACCAUUUCUAGUUGGAAUGCGAUUUGGAAUAAAACAUUAUGAAUGUUGCAAGUGUGUAAAAGAACAAAUAAAAUGUGAAAUCACAGUACAAGAAGUUGUAUUUUAAUUUGAACAUUGAAAACAGGUUAAUUGCUGUAAAUUGAAAUGCAUGCCUUGUACAUUUGUGUUAUAAAUGUGUGCGAGGGACAGAAUUUUAGAGAAUUUUAUCAGUAUGUGUACAGGAAAGGGUUUCUUGUUGUUAGUUGUUAAUAUACAGCAAAAAUCCCAAUCUUGCAAUAAAGCAUUGAAAAGCAGUUGGAAUUUUCAGAUAAACAAAGAAACCAAAAAAUAAAUCAAUUUUUAUAUUUUUAUUAGCAUUCAUUUAUUUAAGUGGUAUUGCAUGAAGUUGUAUAAUUUUGUUAACAGCUGUAAUAAGGAUAUAUUUGUUUUGUGUCCCCGUUUAUAUAAUUCUACCCGACCAAAGAAGAAAACUGAUAUAUGAAUGAUGAUUCUUCUUUGUAAUAUAUCAUUGCAACAAUGACACAACAACUGCUAUGAUGGCAGUGUCUAAUGGAGUCUACAAACGUAGCGAAAUACAGUGAAGCAUUAUCAGUAACACUAUUUCACAUAGCUAGCUGUAUGUUUUCCUUCAAUACUGGAGUAUUUCAGUUUGAAAUGCUAUACAAUUGCUAUAAUCAUGUGAAGAAGAAAAAAGAAAUAAACAUUCAAGAGGACUCUUUAA